AUGUUUUCCACCGAAUUUCUUUUCAUCGACGACGUCGUCCUCGUGGGUGGCUCCACCCACAUUCCUAAGGUGCAGUACCUGCUGGAGGACUUCUUCGACGGGAUGGUCAACCCCGACGAAGCAGUCUCAUACGGCGCCGCCAUCCAAGCGGCGAUCCUCAGCGACGAGGAGGAUGUGCAGGAUGUGCUCCUGGUCGAUGUCACGCCGCUCUCGCUUGGGGUGAGGACGAUCCGUGGUGUGAUGAGCAUGCUGAUCCCGCGGAACACCACCAUAUCAUCCCCACCAAAAAGAGACUUUUACAUCUAUACCAUUAUAAAAUGCAGCGUGCGUAUCAAGGUGUACUAGGGCGAGAGUAUGAGCACAGAUUACAACAACUGGCUCGGCAUGUUCAGGCUGGAAGACAUCGAGCGAGCGCCAAGAGGCGUGCCCAAGAUUAACGUCACCUUUGAAAUCGACGUCAAUGGCAUCCUAGAAGUUUCGGCGGAGGACAAGACGUUGAAGAAGAACAAGAUCACCGUCACUUACGACGUGGGCAGGCUGUGCGCGGAGGAGAUCGAACGCAUGAUUCAGGCCUUGUUUAGGCCUUAG